ACCAGAAAAUCUCCUCCGCUUCCUCCCCAGCGCUGGACAGGCGAGGGCUGGCCAGUUGACUUCCCGGCUUUUCUUACUGAUUUCUCCGGUGCUUCUCGAAUCGCGCGGCGAGGACACAUUACCACUACCAUGGGGGGCGGGGACUUGAACUUGAAGAAGAGCUGGCACCCGCAGACGCUGCGUAAUGUGGAGAAGGUGUGGAAGGCCGAGCAGAAGCAUGAGGCUGAGCGGAAGAAGAUUGAGGAGCUGCAGCGCGAGCUGCGGGAGGAGCGGGCCCGGGAGGAGAUGCAGCGCUACGCGGAGGACGUGGGUGCCGUCAGGAAGAAAGAGGAGAAGCUGGACUGGAUGUACCAGGGGCCUGGUGGGAUGGUGAGCCGCGACGAGUACCUGCUGGGCCGCCCCAUUGAUAAGUAUGUGUUUGAGAAGAUGGAUGAGAGGGAGGCUGGCUGCUCCUCCGAGACCGGGCUGCUCCCAGGCUCCAUCUUUGCGCCAGUGGGGGCCACCUCACUCCUGGACAUGGCCAGCAAGAUCCGCGAGGACCCACUCUUCAUCAUCAGGAAGAAAGAGGAGGAAAAAAAACGAGAGGUAUUGAAUAACCCCGUGAAAAUGAAGAAAAUCAAGGAACUGUUGCAAAUGAGUCUAGAAAAAAAGGAGAAGAAGAAAAAGAAGGAGAAGAGAAAGAAGCACAAAAAACACAAGCACAGGAGCUCGAGCAGCAACCGGUCCAGCAGCGAGGACGAGCCCAGCCGGGGAAGGUCUCAAAGGAAGGUGACGACGGACUCCUUUCCAGUGUUGUCCAAAGUCCCUGGCUAUGGCUUACAGGUCAGGGACUCUGUCCGGGACCGGGGCUCCCAGGGCCCUGGGGUGGCUGAAUCGAAGGGCACAUCCAGGUCGAAUGACCGGUCUAGGUCCCCAAGCUCCUCUCACUCCCCGCCUAGACGCACCAGCAAGAGGAGCCCCAGGGACAGGAGGUCCCGGUCCCCACAGGGCAGCAGAGUGCACAAUGGAAAGGGUGGCCGCAGAGCACGAGCCCCAACCCGGAGCCCAUCCCCGUCCCUAUCCCCGAAGAAGGAGGUCUUCCAGCAGCGGCGCACACCUGGCUAUACCAGAAAACUCUCGGCGGAGGAGCUGGAGCGGAAGCGGCAGGAGAUGCUGGAGAACGCUCGCUGGCGGGAGGAGGAGCGGCUGAACACCCUCAAGAGGCAUGCGCGGGAGGAUGAGCGCGAGCGCCGGCUGGAGCAGCUAGACUCUCGCGAUGGCAAGUUCAUCCACCGCAUGAAGCUGGAGAGCGCGUCCACUUCCUCCCUCGAGGAUCGUGUGAAGCGCAACAUCCACUCCCUGCAGCGGACCUCGGCGGCCCUGGAGAGGAAUUUCAUGCGGAGGUGAACCCUGCCCCUGCUGGCCUUGAGUGUGCCCGGGAGGCGCCAGCCCAGGGCCUUUUUAUAAGACAGCAAGUGACUGCUUCUACAGACUCAAACCAGCACUGUCCCAAGUGACCUGGCCCCUUUGUGAGCCCGCUGAGGUGCUGAGGGGACCUGCGCGCACCCAGCCAGACUGUUCUCCCAAGCAGCGUGGUGGGGCCUGGGCUUGGAUCUCCAUUGCCCCCUCCACCGGUUCCACUGUCGCCGCACAGCCUGGACCUGCCUGGGACCUUUCUUGGUCACCAGUGGGUCGAGCUCGCUGUGAUCCACGUGGAUGAUGUGACAGGACGCCCCAGCGUAGACGGACCAGGAGAGGACAGCGCAGAAAGCCCGAGGGCCUGCCGGGCUCUGAGCUGGGAGGGCCCGUGUGCACGCAGCUGUGUCACCGUGGAUGCGGUUGGACCAGGCCUUCUCUGUAAAUCACGUAGUAACCUUACUACAGUUAUCUGCUUUGGGGAGGAGUUUGCUACCGUAGUAUUUUUAGUCAGAUGUUAAAGAUACCGAAAGUCUCAAGGGGCAAGCUGGCCUUAAUCCCAGCACUGGGGAGGCUGAGACGGGAGGAUGGCUGGGAGUCAGAGGCCAGCCUGGGCUACACAGCAGACCCUGUCCCCCAACACAUCUCCAGGGGCCAUUCUUCAUGCUAGUGUGUGUGUGCGGAGGUCAAACCGGGCCCCAUCUGCACUGGGCAGGCCGCUCCGCACCUGCUGGCCGCCCUGGCCGCUGCGCUAGCCCUCCAUCCUUUGUUCUCCUUCCAGUGCGUUGGGGUUUUCAUUUUUCAACACUUAUGAUGCUUAAAACCCACCUCAUCCCCAGAGAGAAUGCAACAUGCUCGUGUUACUCAUUUCAUUGCCUCAUCCUGCUGCUGAUGCUAUGGCUAAUUAUGCUUUUUAUUUUAUUACUUGGUAAUAAAGGCCACAUUUAUUUUUGUAACUGU